AUGACACGCUAUCACAAGAAGGAUAAACACAACAAUGAUAAAUCUACGACAUCAACGACAUCGACAUCAACUACAUCAACAACAUCAACAACCUCAACAACAUCAUUUAAUAUAGCCAAUAUCAAUCAAUUACCUCAAAGUCUAUUGACACAUAUAUUGUUGGAUGUACAUGGAGGCGCAUUCCCAUCACCAUCGUUCAAGGCCUGCUUUAUAACUUGUAGACUAUGGAAACAGAUGAUACCGCGCACAUUAAGGAGUCUGCAGUUCAAUGCCACCGACGAUAUGAUGACGGCACGUCUCGUACGCCACAUGAUACUGGGCACCGAGUUCAAUGAGUCGCUCAAGUGCGUGGUCAUCAACUCGCUGGCCACCGAGGAGGCGCUGCAUCAUAUCCUGCUGGCGCUGACCACCCCCUUCUUCUCCAGCCAACUCAACAACCUGUAUCAUCCGCCCAUCAAGCGGCUCGAGAUCCUGUCCACGCGACUGACAGAGCGCGCAAUGGACCUGCUCUCCGACCUCAUCCGAAUAUACAACGUCGAGCAUCUUGUGCUUUGUGGCGUCGAGCUGAACGACCAGCAGCUCGUGUCACUGGGCAAGGCGUUGGCCGAGAACCACCUCAAUCAGCUUGUGACGCUCAAUCUGUCGCACAAUCAGUUUGGACGCACGGGCAUCGAGUUCCUGCUCAAGACGCUGAUCGACACACAUCUACACAACGACAAGUUUCAAAGUAUCGCUCAACGACCACUAUAUCACAACAGUCACACCAGCUUCUCAUCGUCCAUCCAUACCAACAUGUCGACGCUGUCCAUGUCGUCGCCCAGCACAAUGACCAGCGUCUCGUCGGCGCCCACAUCACUGGCACCCUUUUAUCGAUUGUCACCUCAUGAUCUGAACGAUGGCGGUCAGGGCACGCCAACGCCGCCACUCACAUCACAGCAGCAUACAUUGAAUCACAAGGACAAGAUGGCCAACACUCUAAAGUCGAUCAAUCUCGGCAACAACAAGAACAUCAAUGUGGAGUGCACGUCGGUGAUCAAACAGAUACUGACCAAGUUGAACAAGCUCGAGGAGAUACGUCUGAGCAACCUAUGUCUGUCGACCGAAGGCUUUGUCGACAUUAUCGAGCUACUCAAGGCCAGUCCAGCAAUACGCACCAUCGACCUGUCCAACAAUGGCAUAUAUUCGCGAGGCGUGGCAUCCAUUGCCUCGAUGCUCUUCACCAACAAGGUCACAUCACUCGAUAUCAGCGAGAAUAAGAUCGGACUGGAGGGCGUGCGCGCGUUGGCCGAUGUGAUCGCCGUUGGAUGUGUGGACCACCUGCGGCGUCUCUACCUCAGACGAACGAACCUGGCAUUUGACGAAUGCAUGAUCCUGCGCAACGUGGUGUUGCGCACAUGCUCAAUCGAGACGAUCGACUUCUCGUCCAACCUAAUCAACGAGGACUCAAUGGCACUGAUUGGCGAGGCGCUGCAACACAAUCGAUCAAUCACAGACCUCAACCUAAGCUUCAACAUCCUUGGCGCCAAUGGCUGCCAGUCGAUUGCCAAGGCGCUCAAGAUCAACAACUGUUUGAGGAUACUUCGCCUGCACUGCGUGUCAAUGAAGAAGCUGGGCGCAGAGGUGUUGGCUGAGGCAGUGGCCUCCAACAACUCGAUCUCACAGCUGCAUCUCAGCAACAAUGACAUCAAGAACGAAGGCGCGCUCAGCUUUGCCAAGGCCAUACAACAGAACAGGAGUCUUACAUUCUGCGAUCUAUCAUUCAAUGGCAUCAACGACAAGGGUGCCUCUGGACUGUGUCGAGCUGUUGCCGCGUCAGACUUUAACGUGCGGCUAGAUCUCAGUGGCAAUCAAGUGUCUACCAAGAACAUUGCGCGAGGCAACUCUGGCGGGCAGUCCAGCUCAAAGUCAAACGAUUGUAAUCUA